UACUCUGCAUCUCAAUCCUCCCUUUCGCUACCUACUCCAAUCAAACAGAAAAGUGAAGACCCGAGUCAUCUAGUCAGUGGCCCAAGAUGAAGACUUCGUUAAUCCUCGCCAUGGCCUUCGUCAGCGUGACCAUCGCUCUGCCCAAGGGCCAGACCCCUAGCACCGUCGUUUCUCAGCAAGCCGUAUGUUCCAAUGGUACCCCCUGUACCCAUCAGGAACAAUGCACUAGAUUUGGCAGAGAGUGUUUUUGCCAGAACGGAGGCGCCGAGGGGGCAGCUGGGCUCUGUGCAAACUGGGUAGAGUUAGCACAUGGCGCAACUGGAGGGCACUAGGCACGUUGAAACUGGGCUCUUAGUUUUGUGUCUAAGGCGUUCUGAUGGAUUGUCUAUUUCAAUACCUUCUUAAGGGGCACUUGUCAUCCGAAAUUAUUUGUGUAUUCCUUUCUUCAAACAGCUUUUUUUCUUUUGAGAACAGCGAAUUAAUUGAAUAAAGUCCCUGAAAUGUUAUGGCUCGAACGAAAGGAUUUAUUGGGGACGCAAACAUCCUGUCCUCAGCUCAGGAGACAGUUGUUUUAUCCAUAAGUUAACGCAAAGACAGCGCAGUACAACGGGAACAGGCGCCAAAUAUUAUACACGGUAAUAAAACAAGGACGAAGAAACAAAACAUAAUAUGAUGGUAACCGCUGUUCGAGUAUGCUCAUGCAUAUCGUCACUGGACCCGAGUCAAUCAACCAUUGCAUCGGUGACAGAAUGUCAAGCAAGCAAGUAAUGGGCACCUGCUUCACCCUUGACAUUUUAGAAGAUCAAGUGGUGGCUAAACAUCAGUCAAUUUCCCAGCAUCAACUGAACUUCUUUCGUGGAUAGCUCGGCGAUGCUUAAGUUCAUUUCUGUUACGAGCUACACCCUGUGCAAACUUGGAUCUUGCACGAAUUUGAGGACCUUUCCAGUAGAAGAUGUAGAUGGGUACAGUGACAAGAAAAGAUAUGCACCCUAAAAUGGUGGAGGGUAUCUCGAGGUGAUACGUAUGUUUGAUGCUUCGAUACACUGGCAAGAAGACGGUUAGAAUUAUAAGCGGUUUACUAAUCCAAACGGUGAGUGAUUAUGAGUUACAUACUUGGCGUGGAAUAGAGAGCAGCAAUGCCUGCUAGAAAGUCUCUCGCUAGGGCGUUGCCGCCUGUUGCUGAGGCGGAAUAUGGGCCAUAGCUUGCGACCAUGUAAUCAAUGGUGGCCAUGUAAAUGCAGUACUAAACGUAGUGCAAAUUAGCAGUAUAUCUUAUAAUGUAAUAUUUCCUGGAUACUAACGUUUGCAAUCGCAAUGAGCAUCGAAAAAAACAUCGGGGCGAACCAAUGCACC